UUUUUCACAGGUCCAGUUCCAGUAGCGGUUCCACAGCCAGAACCUCACUCGGUUGGUGGCGUAUUAGUGCAUAUGCCGCAUGUUUGUUCUAUAAUGACAGCCACUGUAGAAACGGUAUCCGAGCAACUGGAUUUAGCGGCUAUAAUCCCAUCAGAAAAGGUGGUUACUGCUGUAGCACGAUCUGUAACGCUUUCCGAAGCAGAUGUGGCCACAGCAACUGUUCAAAUCGCUAAGCCUACCAUUGUAGGAGACUCUGGUGAAGGUUUGGAGGAAUCAGCAGAUUCAGAAACACUCUAUGAUCUAGUAGAUGACGGCGAUGACUUUUGGCAUACAUCUGUUGGAAAGUUUAAAUUCACUAUUGACAAUCUGCCACAAUCUUUACAAUACAUCCAUCAGCUGUUGAAAGAAAUUCCUACCAUUGAUAAACCGGACAUUUUGUACUACACACUACAGUGCUUGAAAUAAUGUCCUCCAUGGCGAUGCAUUUACCAAGGCGGCACGUGAUGAUCGUGGAUUUUUCAUUUGGUGCCAGGAGAAUCUACUUAUCAAAAACCUGUGGGAUGUUUGCAACGCUGAACACUCGCACAUUUGCGGAGGUAUCCGUACCUAUACUUUUACAUUGUGUAACUUUACCCUUGGGUUCGGAUGUAUUUUGGAACGUUGUUCAAGAUGCUUUUCAUCAUAAUGACUGGCGUGUUAGGUUCAAGGCCGUAGAACGAGUUACAGUUCUUACAAGAUUUAUGGAUUCAACACCACUGCGUUCAGAAGUUAGUUUACAAGCCUCUCUUGCAACCGCCUUCUGCCAUCUCAUUGCAGCGUGUGACGAUUUAAACGUUCACGUCGCACAGCGAGCUACUUUGUACCUCGGUACCAUUCAUGACAAAGCCAUACAGGCUUUAAUGUAUUGCUUAGAAUCACAAUUUGAUAUGUUUAUUGUUGACCGACCAGUAGUAUUACAAUCAGUGUAUCAGUUACAUAAUAUGCUUUCUGACAGAAAAGUACUGUCAUGGGAGUUCUUUCUUAAUCGAUUCGAUACACUAUUUGUUGAAGCACAAGUAAAUUUGGAGAAAAAUGGCGACAUUUCGCAUCUUCGAGAUUUGCGUAAUUCCGAAAAUGGAAGUGAAAUUCUAUCUACAAAAAUCAAUAAAGCCCGCGAAGCACUAAGCCAAUCCGAUACGACUGGAAGUAUGUCUAAAACACUGAGUGCUUCGUUUGGUACUAAAUGGCCAUAUAAACGGACAAUGUCAGCACCGGCUACGAUCAUCCCUAGACAGGAGUCAAAAAUAG